AUGGCUGGUGUAGCGAAACUAUUUGAUGGACAUAUUCUGAAUAAAUCGGAUGAAGAAAUUGAUCUUGAUGACGAAGAAUAUGGAGAAACAAUAAUCGGUCUCUAUUUCACUGCUUCAUGGUGUGGACCAUGUCAAGAAUUUACUCCAAAAUUAGCGAAAUUCUAUGAACAAUAUUCUGAAGAAAAAAAUUUCGAAAUUAUUUUCAUUGGUUCGGAUGAUGAUGAAGAAUCGUUUGAUGAAUAUUAUGAAAAAAUGCCUUGGUUAAGAUUAGAUUUUCAACAACGAAAAAAAGUAGAAGAAUUAAAAAAGAAAUUUGAUAUCGAUGGAAUUCCAACAUUACUUUUACUUGAAGGAGAAUCAGGAGAUGUAAUAUGUGCUGAUGCAACAGAUAAAAUUGCAGCAGAUCCUCAAGGAAAAAAAUUUCCAUAUCAUGAAAAGAAAUAA